AGCAUUAGUUUAAUGUAAUGGGGCUGCUGGAUAAACUGUCAGGCUGGCUCGGCCUGAGGAAGAAAGAAGUCAACGUUUUGUGUCUAGGGCUGGACAAUAGCGGCAAAACUACCAUCAUCAACCAGCUUAAGCCAGCCAAUCAUCCAAAUCAUUUAGGUCCAUUGUCAGAAGAGUGGAAACAUGUUAGUCAGACACAGGCACAAGAGAUAGUCCCAACAAUUGGCUUCAACAUUGAAAAGUUCAAGAGUUCAAGCCUGUCCUUUACAGUCUUUGAUAUGUCUGGCCAGAGCAGAUACAGAAGCCUAUGGGAGCAUUAUUACAAGGAGAGCCAUGCCAUCAUAUUCGUCAUCGACAGCAGUGACAAACUGAGAAUGGUUGUUGCUAAGGAGGAGCUAGAUACUUUCCUCAACCAUGAGGACAUCCAAAGCAAAAAGAUACCAGUAUUGUUCUUUGCUAACAAGAUGGAUCUGCAGGACGCCAUGUCUUCUGUCAAGGUCUCACAGAUGUUGUGUUUGGAGAACAUCAAAGACAAACCCUGGCACAUCUGUGCCAGCAAUGCUAUCAGAGGAGAGGGCCUACAGGAAGGACUGGAUUGGCUACAAGAUCAAAUUGCUCAAUCAUAUCAAAACAAUGAACAAGUGAACGAGCAUGGAUAACCAUGGAGCGAGAAAUGUGGAAACUGGAACUCACCCAUUUGGAGUAAUUAUCACACUCGAUAUUGUAGGCCUUAAACUUCGUUGUCAAAUAGCCUAGCACUUCCUGUGUGUGCUACACCUUCAAGGCUCUGAUAUUUGAAUGAGACAAGUGUGUAUAUUAAUUAUUUAAAGCACCACUACUCCCUAACCCCCCUCAUUUUCUCCUCAUAGAUAUGUUAUACAUGUACACAGAAACUUGUAAACAUUUUUUAUUUGUGGCUGCUUUUUUUUUUUUAAUGAAACAUGCUUUAUUAAUUUCAUCCACUGGACAACUUUUUUUCAAAAUGCUGUCGAUGCUGAUUACUGCACUAACUGGAGCUCAAUAAAAGCUUAUUACUUGCCGAGAGUAUGCAGUGUUUUUUAAUAGAUUAAACACAAAACAUCCACGACACAAAAACUUUUUUUUUUUAA